AUGACCUCGUUGUGGGAAACGCUGACCGUCGCGGUAAUGGACGCCGCGCUAUCGCUCCACAACGACGCCUUCCGGCAACUGCUGCCACGGUACCGCGGAUAUGAAUGCCACACGGUACGGUUAUGGGCUCGCGGACGGGUAAAGGAGGUGGCAGAGGCGCCUGGCUCCGUUGUCUUCUUCCCGAUGCUCGUGUUGGUGCUGCUGUGGCGGCGGCGGCACCCCGUCGUGGUGCUGAGGGGGGCUGAGCACUUCACUAUUACGAGUUUUGUGGAGCAUCAUCCUAUUGUGUUUUUCAUGUCGCGGUACGGUACGAGGAUUAGUGAUAACUGCACGGCACAGCGUCGCCGCUUCACGGACAUCGACUUGCCUGACUCAUUUGUGAGGGCAAGGUGCGACUUGCGGCAACUCAUUUUUUUGAGACGACUGCUCAUUGGAGUUGCCCAAGACCUUCCAGAUCGACCGCAUUCCACCUGGCAACGAGAAUCUCUGCGUACAUCACAUUUUCAACUCUCCAAGACCCCAGUGCGAUGUUGCGUCGGCGUGAAGCAAGGGCCCCCAUUGUCAACGCUUAUAAUCAACACAGUCAAGCUCACAUCGUCUUCCGCUGCCGAGACGACUGCUCAUUGGAGUUGCCCAAGACCUUCCAGAUCGACCGCAUUCCACCUGGCAACGAGAAUCUCUGCGUACAUCACAUUUUCAAAUCUCCAAGACCCCAGUGCGAUGUUGCGUCGGCGUGAAGCAAGGACCCCCAUUGUCAACGCUUAUAAUCAACGCAGUCAAGCUCACAUCGUCUUCCGCUGCCGCGAGCCUGGGCGAGGACUUCCAACAGGACAACACGUAUCGGCGCGACGAGCAUCACAGGCGUCGCCACCGCCGUACAUCGCCGUCAUGGCGAGCCUGGGCGAGGACUUCCAACAGGACAACACGUAUCGGCGCGACGAGCAUCACAGGCGUCGCCACCGCCGUACAUCGCCGUCAUGGGUGAGAAUCGGCCUUUUUCCUUUCCUCUCAUCGCUACAGCAAAUUGCUGUUCUUGCGGUGCACUUUCCUCCCCUGCCGCCGCUGCGGCUUUUCACCUCUGGCAUUGCUGCCACCGCGGCCUUUUUCCUUUCCUCUCAUCGCUACAGCAAAUUGCUGUUCUUGCGGUGCAUUUCCCUCCCCUGCCGCCGCUACGGCUUUUCACCUCUGGCAUUGCUGCCACCUUUCUGCUUUCAAACCUACCAUGCACAAAAGAAGGAUGAAAAGGGAGACAUCCUUGCUCAAACCACGACAUUCGUUGCAAACGGAAGGACUAGUUCAAAGCAGGAAAAUAAGGGAGUCCAAAGAUAUGGAGGAUCGGGUCGAGAAAUAUGGUUGUCAUGGUGGAAGUUGUCCGUUGGAGAUAUGUUUGGUUGGAAGAGCCCUGGUUGUGCACAAUUGAUUUUCAUUUGUUUGGGGAUUACCUAA